AUGGAAGACAUGGCGAAAGAAUUCGUAAACACAACAUGCCCAUCAGAAAAUAAGAUAGAAAACGAUCCAUCAGCUUUUUGGGAUAAUGGUCCACAUUUUGAUGAUUGUUAUGAAGCAUUCGUUCUCGCGGCAUUCUUCGCCCUUCUCACGCAAUAUGUUGAAGAUUCUCCCGAAGAAAGCAAGGAGAUGUUAGAUAAUGCUGCAAAAAAGUCAUGUCCAUUUCCUCUUUGUUAUUAUAGAUAUCGACCAACAAGUGAAAGUUUUUCGAAUAUUGUUAAAUGGGGCAUUUUACAAUACGUUGCGUUGAUACCAAUCAUCACAUUUGCGACCUUGAUUACCGAAGCCUUUGGUGUUUAUUGCGCAGAAAGUAUGAGUUUGGUUUUUGCAAAAGUUUAUCUAAAGACUGCACAGGUUAUUUGUGUCACUAUCGCGAUGUAUGCUUUGGAUUUCAUUGCUGUUACAAUAAAAGUGUGGGAUAUAGCUAGACAAAGGCGUACUACACGUAAAACAUCUGAAAAAGACAGAUUUAGUCUUCAUCGUGCUUUUACAUCUAGGCGUAAGCAUAAAUACAAAAAUUUAGAAACAUCAUCCAAAAAUUUAGAUAUAGAAAAAUCAUCCAAAAAUUUAGAUUCAGAAACAUAA